GAUUACGACAAUAUCCAAAGGGCUUGUUUGUUGCAUCUAAAUCAGGUUCGAUGAUAUUUAUAUUUAUUCUAUUUUAUAUAUCAUAUUUAUACGUGAAGAGUACACACACCUUUAAUUCUUAAUAAGAUUGUGCAUAACUAAAUGAAUUGUAUGCAAAUUAAGAUCAAACAAACGUCAAAAGCGCAAUAUUCAGGUCGAGCUACAUGUUCAUAUCAUUGUGAUAUUUUCUGGGCCUGUUGCCAGCCUUCGCUAUUUCAAAAGGUGUUGGAAGAACCAACUACUCGCAAAUUCAGAUUGGAUUUACAUUUUAAAAAAGCUCCCCACCAUAACCCCCUUUAAAUUAUUUUCAUGAUGGCGUCUAAAUUCAGCUCAGAUGAAGAGGGCACUGUUUGUGAAGAAGCCGACUGCGAAUCGAUUACUGACGUCACUUUCUAUGUGAAUGAGAAGAAGAAGCUCUGUCAUGACUGCGCCUUGAAAAAAGAAUGCAUCGGAAUAGCACGAAGAGGUGUUCCUAACCUCUUCUGUAAAAAACACGAGAAAAUCAUGGACUUGUACUGCAGAACACAUAACGUACCAUUAUGUUAUUCAUGUGCGUUGACAGAUCAUCGCCAACAACAAUGCGUUCAAGAGGAUAUCAUGAUCGCACUGAAGAAAAAUAGAGAAGAUCUCAGCAUCCUAAAGAAUAGGGCGAUUGAUAAAUCAGAGUUAUGUCGCGUCUAUGGGAAUGAGAUGCAUAACACCAGACAUGCCAAAGACGAACAUCUGCAAAAUAUUCAGAAUGAUGUUGAUUCCAAAAUCGAAAGCGCAAUCGAAAGAGACAGAGCGAGGGAAAGGGAAGAUGCUGAUAAAAUCAAUAACGAGAUUGACGAGGAAAAUGAAGAUUUUCAAGAUGAGAUUCGAGAACUUCAAGAGAAAAUUCGAAAGCUCCAAGAUAAAAUUGAAAAGAACAACGAGAAGAGGGGGAAGCGGCAUGAAGAAAAUCGUUCGAUUGCAGAGAAAAGACGAAAACCGAUAAUUGAUAAACAACGCAUUCUUCAUGGAGACAUUCAGAACAUCGCUCAAGAGAUCGAGAGAAAGAUUAGAGAGCUUGAGAAAUCAUGUCAAGACGACACCAAAUCAGCAGAUAAAGCAGGAGAGACACUGGACAGAAUUCUCGAAGACGAUAAAAAUAUUGUCAUAGAUGGACAUCGUGUGCAUGCAUCAGUGAGUGAGGAACUGAAAAAGCAACUGAAUGAGGGUGAGGUGAAAGAAAUAAAUCGUGUUGUAUCAGGUGUGAGAUUUGUGAAGGGUGUUGGGAGAGAGAAGUAUGAUGGAAGAAUUGAUGGGUAUGAUGGAGAGUGGAAGCUCAUCGAUAAAAUCAAUGUCAGAGAUAAAAUCAGAUUCCCGCGCAUUGUUGGAUGUAUAGAUGAAGAUAAGGUGAUGAUCAGAGAUGCACUGAUUGGUGAAGGACAUACGUACAUGUUAGAUUUGAACAGUAAAACCACACAGAGAGUGAUCAACGGUAGUGAUACAUCAUAUAUAAUCUCAUGUGCAGCGCUGAAUGAUGACAAGAUAGUAUGUGGUAGAUACAUCACAGGUUGUACAGGAGACAGUCUACCUGGGUGCAUCAGUGUAUACGACAGACAGUGGAAUCACAUUAAUGAAGUCACAAUACCAAGAAACAGGACGCGUACUGAUGCAGGGGUGCGCGUUGCAAUCGAUCAGGAUGGGAUGAUAAUCGCUGCUGAAUCGGGUCAGUCUAUGAUAUACGUCAUCAACCCAGCUAAUGAUGAGAUUAUCAAUGCCAUCACGUGUAAAGAGAAUAUAGUAAUACGCGAUGUGCUGUCAUCGGGUCACAUCAUCGCUCUUCCCUAUAUAAGAGAUCGCAGAGCGCUCAUCAUUGACAGAGAGGGGGAUCAUAGGGAAAUCCCCUACAGUGAUGCCAUCUUGAUUGUGUGUGUUGAUCGUAUGUCAGACGACCUCUACAUCGUGACAUCAGAUGAUGAGAGAAAGACGUGUGUGAUUGAUCAGGCGAUGAGUGAGGGUGAUUUGAAGAAGAAAAGAGUAGCAUCAUUCCCUUUAUCAACUAGACUGGAUGGAAAUAAUAGAUUCCAUUAUCUUGUCGGAUCUCGAGUGAUUAUGACGUCAUCAGGGAAUAUGAUUGCAUCUGAUGGAGAUAAUAUUCUCAUAUUCAAAAAGCAAUUCAUCCUCUAGAUCCAUGACAGAUGAAUCAUUAUACUGAACAAACAAAUGAUAUUGAGAAUGUUGUUACAUCCCACCAUUGCAUAUUUACAAUUCAUAAAUCUGAAAAAAAGGACUAGAAAACGGACGAUUUAUUUUAUUUCAUGUUUUUGGUGGAUAUGCUUCAUAACUUAUUGAUUUUGGAAACCCAUCGUGUUUUCCCCUUACAUUGUACAUGUUUUAUAGAAAGAUACUUUACACUAGAUUACUUUCUUUCAGUUGUUUGAGUGAACAUUGUUAUAUAGAGAGGAGCUUUUUAAUUGUGUACCCUAUUUUCCCCCUUCUUGUUUCAAUGAAAUAUCUUGUAAGCCCUACAUAGUAUUACAGUAUAAAUGAAGCCAGGUUAAAACAUUAUCCUUAUAUCAUGUAUAUUGUAUGAGAUGUGUAUAUAAUCAUGACCAUUUUAUGAAUCAAUUCUUGUUACUUUACAUGUGUGUUUAUAGUGUUUUGUUCUUAUUCAUCACUGAAAAUAUAAUUACACGAGGUGCUUUACUCUUAUGCCGGGAUGUAAAUAGGGGAACUAUUCUAGACGGAUUACCUUUACUCUGGAACAUAUUUUAGCACUUCAAAUUUACUUUUAUAAAUCUCAAAAUAAUAUAUUUCUCAUCGAUAACACUAAAAUUCAGUUUUUAGAAUUUAUAAAUCACAGAUGAACACAUAUGGGCCAAAAGACUGAACCAGUUAAGAUUUAAACGGCCAUGUGCAUUCAAAUUAUUUGAAAUCACAUGUGCACUGUAUACAGACUGAAUAUAUGGUUACGAGCGCAUACAUAACAUUACAAUCAAAUGUUGCUUUUAUAUGUUGCGAUUUUAUACGUCACAAAAAUAUGUCUCUAAUCACUGUCCUUGAAAUCAAACUUCUUACAAAUGAUAUAUAUUUGUAUGUAAAGUGUAUAGACUGAAAUUGGGUACUUUUAACGGAAAGAACGCGCAUAUAUUGUCAUAAAUCAUAAUCGUUUUCAGGUUGCGAUUAAUUUGAGAGGAUAACUGUUGCUAAUGGUCACUUUCGAUAUAUCUAAAUGCGCACAUCUUGUAUAGGUAAUGGUAUAAAUUCAAGUUUAUGGGCGCGUCGUGGUCUAGUGGUUCUGACUCUUGCCUUUUAAACAGAGGGUUGUUGGUUCGAAUCCUAUUCAUGGCGUGUAUUCCUUUAGCAAUAAUUAUGCCCACACUGUGCUGCACUCGAUCCAGGUAAAUGGGUACCUGGCAGUAUUAAUUCCUUGAAUACACUGAGCACCAGAGAUGGUAUAGCUUGAGCUAAGACCACGAAGGCCGGGGUAAACGGCUUUGUAUCCUCAGGCAAAAAGUGCCACAUGUAUAUAAAUCCAGCUGAUAUUAUUAUUAAACAUUAUCAUUGUAUCAUGCAUACUCUACCACAUGUAUUAUAGCUAUGAUGACAAAAUCAAUCAGUUUUCGUUACUUGAUAUGAUAUGAAUUUCCAUUAAUUGUUAUUCCUAUAGUUCCAUGUACAUGAAGUGUUUUGCUCUUAUGGAAGAAGAAGAAAAACUUUUCUAAAAAUUGACGGCUUUUUACUCUGAAUUGCAGUUUACUCUUUUCCGGACUCUUAUAUGAACAACAACAAAACUCUUAUUACCAUCAAUGAAACGCAUUUAUUUGUGGAACUUCGAGUUUGGAUAUUAUGUAAAUGUGUAUAGCCUAUACAAUAUAGACUAAACCUGUGCCCACAUGACGGCCUUACGAGAACACACAAAUUAUUUCAUGUCAUACAUUGCGUUCAUUCGUUCUGAUUUGAUUGAGAAUAACGGUCGCGCUUUCUGUAUCUAAAUGUGCAUUGCCUCAUUUUCUUUAUACGUUUUAGUUUCAAAUAUCAUAUGGAACUAUUUUGACAGAACAAAGUAUAAUGCUGUAUAUUAACAAGGAAACGGUCCAUUGAGUGAUGUCUAGCAUGACAUGUUAUAAUCCUUGACUGGAGCUGAUCACUGAAAUAUAAGGUGCCACGAGCCUAAUUACAUCAGGGGGGCUAAAGAUAUUCGUUCGACCCAACCGAUUCGAAUUUUUGUCAAUGUGAUAUUGCUGAUUGACAAAAAUGUAUGAACAUGAUUCAAAAUCUAACACUGAUUCUAGAAAUGGUAACUACUGAACUUCCUUUGCCCAAAUUGGGAAGAUAAAUAAGUGACUUGGAACUAUUUUUCGACUGGCGGAUUAAUUAGGGCUAUUUUACUGUUUCAGUUGAUGAAUUUGAUCCAUUCAUAGUUAUCUUCAUAAAUGGCGAUUUAUUUUUAAAAUGAGCUGGCUACGGUACCCUUUCCUGGUCAGAUUUGGAAUGUCAGAUAUAUAUUAUAUCCAAUGGUAGUAAACAUUCUACCCUCUAAUUUCACAUUUAUUUUUCAUGAAUUUUUUUCAAAAGUGCCAUUUUACCACACAAGUCUAUGGGGAAUGUUUUACGCGCGUGACACCAUAACUGAGAAUUCACCAGGUUUUACCGAGAGAGGGAGCUAUUAAGAUUCAUUUUGGCAAAUUGCUCAUUGUCAUGAUUGAGACCAUGAAUUCAUUUUUAUUAUGUAAUUGAUUCUUUAUUGGGAAAAUGCUUUGGUUUAAGCUACAUGUACCAUAUUUGUAGGUGUGUUUUUUUUUUCAGUGUAACGGAAGAACUGAUUGCUAGUAUGUUUCGUUAUGUUUCAAUUCAUUUGCUUUCAUUAUUGUUUAGUUCCAAAGUUGAUAUAAACUGUUCUAAAUACGUUCGUUUUUACAUGUGAACAUAAUACUGUUUUACUUACUCAUGUUACUUACCUAAUAAAUCAUUUGUGUUAAAUUAUAAUUGUAUGAACAAUUGAGAAAUGAGUUGCAGGAAUUUGAUGAGCAUUCCCGCAAAGGCGUUCUUUAAGCUUUGUUUGUUAUCAUCGGUUACGGUUGAUUCAUUUUUUAUGCCAACUGAAAUCCUUUGCAUUUAUGCUUGGAUUAUUCAAAGCUGAUUUGAUUACAUGUUCUUUUUGAGAACCUGAAUGAACUUGAUUUGGAAACAAAAUGUUCAAAAUAAAGUUAAGGUGUUAGCGAUAGUUUGGAAAUCUUUUUUUUUCUUUCACACGCAUAAUCCGACCAUCUUUAUGCUGUUUAAUGUAUCCUAUCUACUAUUUAACCGGGAGUUAACAAUUCAUUUGCAUAUUAUCUGCAUUUUGGCGUUUAUCAUUGUCAUGCAAAAGUUUCUGUUUAAAUAAAAUUUCAUCCCU